GCAACUCUCAAGCUUCUCCUUCUACGAAUUUUAUAAUCUCAAAGCUCCUCUACUACAAUGGAGGCGAGUGCGAACGAACCAGCGAUAAAAAGCUUGAAAUCGAUUCCUUCAGGACCGAUACCGAACUUUUUCGUAUCUCUUUCGUCGGCAUUUACGCAAACACCGCUUGUGCGUUCGAGCAAACCCAAUUUGCUACUUCUACCACAAGCUGCAGACUCUGUCAAAAUGAUUCAAGACUUCCAUCGGUCUCUGGUCUCUGCUACUGAGAAAUUCUCAGGGUUCGUCCAUUCUCUCGCCUCUAAGAACCCUCUAUUUCAGGAAGCGGUUCGUCUUUCGUCCGAAUUUCGCGUUCUGUGCGAUGAGAUUCGUUUGAGAAACACUUCAAGGGUGAGGUUUGCAAUGUCUAAUCACGGAUUUGCAGCGGUUCUGCCGGGGGAUUCAGUUGCAGGACUGGUGGUUGCCAAUGGGUUGAUUAAUUUCCUCAACAUUUAUAACACCAUCCUUGUUGUCCGUCUAGUACUCACCUGGUUUCCAAGUGCUCCUCCUGCCAUUGUUAAUCCCCUCAGCACUCUAUGUGAUCCAUACUUGAACAUAUUCCGGGGAUUCAUACCACCUCUUGGAGGAUUAGACUUGUCUCCCAUUUUGGCGUUCCUUGUUCUCAAUGCCUUCACCAGCUCUGCUAUGGCGCUUCCUUGUGAACUCCCGCCUGCUGAAGGAGCGGCUUCUCCAUCUUCUGGUGAGACCAAGUGGAUGAGAAGGAGAAGGUUGAGCAGCCACAAGGACCAUAGACCGAGCUCCGCUUCUAUGAACUGAACCUAUAUAAAAAAUCUCCUCUUUUCUGGGCUACAAGUGUAUCAUCUACCUUACGAGUAAUUUUAUUCUUCUGCAUCUUUGGAUUUCCGAGUUUUUUGUAUAAAAUUUUCUUUAGAAAAUGAAUAAAAAAGUUGUGUUCCUGAUA